GAACGCAGCCUUCAGUGCGAUCUGAAGCAGAGGCCAGGCGGUGUCUCAGUGUCUGUCCCCCCGGUCGGGAUUCGGUCAACUUAUCGAAGCAGGCGGAUCUUUGCUUUGGAGGGUUUGUGGUUCGGGAAGGUGCCAAACGCCAAACGCGAUGUCCAGGCGCAAACUUGGGAGCAGACCGCAGCACCUGACUGCAAUCCAAGAUGUCACUGAUAUGGCGGAUGGCGUCCCUCCAUCAGACGUCCGGCCUCCUCUUCCUCCUCCUCCUCCACCUCCUCUUCCUCCUCGACAGGUCGGAGCUCCUGGUGAAGGUCGUGACCUCCUGACCUGCGGACAGUGCAGUCGGGCCUUUCCCCUCGCCCACAUCCUGGCGUUCAUCCAGCACAAACAGGGCGGCUGCCGUUCCCAAAACCAAGCCCCAAACGCCAACGCCACGCCCCCCUCACCUGCCAACCGAGCGCAGCACCGCGGGGCCAACGCCGAGCUGGGGCCCGGCUACAUCGAGCUGAGGAGAGGCGGGGGGGCCUGGGAGGAGGAGCCCGGCGUGAGGGUGAAGGCGGAGCACAGCAAAGCAGUGUUCGAGGAGCCUUCCUACUUCACCUGCCAGCAAUGUGAAGGUGUGUUUCCAUCGGCCUGGGCGCUCCUACAGCACGCUCAGCACACACACUCCUUCAGCAUCUACCAAGUGGACGAGGAGGACCACACAGACAUGAGAAGAGGAAGAGGAGGACUUCGAGGGCGCAAGCCUGCCGCAGCCACUCUGGACCCUCGCCACCUGAGCCAAGCUCUUGCUUCUGCUUUUCAGCCCAACGCCCUGCGCCUCAGUCACUCCCGUCAGACACACACCCCCACACACACCCCCUCCUCCUCCAUCAGUAACAUGCAGGCUCUGAACUUUUCAGUGCGGCUCAGGGAGCUCGCAGAGGGGAACAACCACACCAUGGGCAGCUCCCCCGGAGGCCUGCUGCUGUCUCCGUCUUCUUCUCCACUAGCAGCUUGUCCCUUUCCUCUGAACAGCGGCCUCCAGUCUGACCACCACUGUGAGCUGUGUGACCAGAACUUCCUGUCCCUUCGCGCCCUGUCGGCCCACCGCCGCACUCACUCCUGCGACAAGCCCUAUCACUGCGGAGUGUGCAGGACGGCCUUCUCCCAGAGCGGGCAGCUGGCACGGCACAUCAGGAACCAUCACAGGGACGCUGGGGGAGCAGGAAGUAGAUAUGAGUCGUUGGAGAUGGUCGUGACGGAGGACGACAUAGGGGGUCAUGGGAUGAGAGGGAGAUUUCAAAUGCAGCCGGCUGGGGUCGCCAUGGGGAAGAGAGGGGUGGGUGCAGAGGUGAGGGCCCCCGAGUUAGACCUGACGCUGCCCAAACACCCGUCCAUAGCUUCAGGCCUGAUGCUGCUGACCUCGCAGGUCAGACCGCCGGACAGGGAGCUGCUGAGGCUGUACCAGCGCCAGAGAGAGGGGGCCGAGGGAGGGGAGGAGGAGGCAGAGGGGCAGGGGGAGGCUCAGCACACCUCACCCUGCGCCAGCCCCUCCGAAGGCUCACUGGAGAGUGGAGAGACCGGGGGCAGUGGAGAGAGCGGCAUCGCCAGCGGAAACUGCACGCCCAAACGGCCCGAGAUGAGCGACAGAGUGCGAGGAGUCGGCGAGUGGGAGAGCGAAAGAGGGGAGAUCAUAGAGAGGGAGACGGACUGGGGCUCAGACGAAGUCAGCGAGGUGGUGCAGGAGUGGCAGAGGGAGAAUGAGCGGAGGACUGUUGGAGGGAGUGGUGGAGGAAACAACAACAGCACUGCUGCCGGAUCAGCUGGUAGGAAGAAGAAAGACGAAGCCUGCGAGUACUGCGGUAAACAGUUCAGGAACAGCAGCAACCUCACGGUGCACCGGCGCAGCCACACCGGAGAGAGACCCUACCGCUGCGGCCUCUGCAAUUACGCCUGCGCCCAGAGCUCAAAGCUAACGCGCCACAUGAAGACUCACGGCGCGCAGGGGGCCAAGGCGUCCUUUCUGUGCCAGCUGUGCUCCGUGCCCUUCACCGUCUACGCCACUCUGGAGAAACACCUGAAGAAGGUCCACGGUCUGAGCCAUGCCAGCGUGGGAGCGUACGCUCAGGCCAGCGCUGCGGACACUUUAGCUGCCAUGAAAGCUGACGGAGAUACAGUGGUGGUGAAAAUGGAGGAGGAUGAAGCCAGUUUGGAUCAGAUAGAAACGGAGAGCAGAGUUCAGAGUGAUGUGGUGAAAGGCAUGGAGAUGGAGGAGGUGCUGAGCCAAGAGGAGUUUGUGGAAGAAAGGGGGGGGAGUCCAGCCAUAGUGUCUGACCUCCCACCUGAGAGCAACGCAGAGUUGAGCUUAGCUUUGACUUCUGCGCCAUGACAGCUGUUCUCAAUCACUAAUUGACUUUCAAAUAGCACUGUGUAGGAUUUGAGUUAUCAUAAAAUAAUUCCCCCCAUCAUUGAAUGGAUAGUUGAACUGGAAUGGAGUUUGAAGAAGAAUCUGAAGCAGCUCUCUGCCAGCGCCGAGACAUACAGCAGCCCCGGUGUUCGUGAUCGUAUGCAAAGCUGCUGGGUGAAACUAAGUGCCUACAGUUAUUUAGACCACAGAGCAAAAACAAGGCUAUGACAUUCAGCAGGGAGAUUACCAGCGCUCUCGAACAGGAAGUGAACCGCCACAGUCCACACAGACACAGGAAACCGAUCACCAUGUUGCAGUGCAGGAUGCAAAAGACAAGUGAUUUAUUUCUCUGGCAACCCACUGGACAGGUGGAGACAGAUAUUUACUGUCAGAUAAUGUAAGAAAGAGAUUAUAUUAAAAAAUAAAUGCUGAGCAAUAGAAUGAUGUUAAUAUAUUUUCAGCAAAAAGAGAAAGGUCUUAUUGUGUUUCCUAGCUGUUGCUGGUUUUCUUUUGAGAAGACCUUUUAAAGACUAAAGAUGUUCAAACAGCCACAUGGGUCAAAUGAAUCCAAACACUGUCUGCCUGCAGUUUCUCAGACUCCUCUUUUUAAAGGCGCUUGGUUGUCACAACACUUGUCACUUAACGUAAUGUUUACAGGGCUCACGGAGCCUGGUAAGAUCGGGAUCCUGACUUUGUGACAGUAUGUAUGGAUGAUUUUCUGUUUUCUAGUUUUAUAAAUGUGAAUAAGGAGACUUUAAAGUCUCAUCUACUGCUGUGUUUCUUUUCAUCCAUGGUUUGUUUUCUAUGCAUACGCAAUUUUACCUUCAUGUGAAACGGGUGUCAUUAUUUUUCUCUAUUUGUACUUGUGAUGGUAAUUUCUCUCUCUCAUUGUUUACAUUUGUAAAGUGCCGGACUGCUUUAAGCUUGUGCAUGUUUUUGCCGCCAUUUGAACUGUUCUUUUUUGUUGACUGUGUUUGAAUUAUUCCUAAUUUAUGGAUGCUGCAUGUUGGUGAUUGUGUAACUGCUGACAUACAGGGUUGAGAGGUGCAGGAGAAGCUAGCGGAGUUAGUGGGAAGCACUUGGCAGAGUUUGCGUGAAUGUGUUUGUUUGUGUGUACAUACUGGAGGGGGAAUAAAUCCUCAGGUGACACUUCUACUUGAACCCUCUCCUGUGAUCUUGUGUCCAGAGCAUGACUCAGCAGGUCAUGAUCACUGUGUCGUGCUUCUGGCAGGUGUGCCUGCCGACGAGGAUCUAUGGAAAGUUAAGCAAGAGGAAAUCUGCUCAUUUAACAACAAAAACAAAACAGGACAAAGUUUUCAAGUAAAGUGAUGCCGAUGUUUGUCGUGACUACUGUGAUGAAUACGUGUGAACAUAUCUGAUUUCUACAUGCAUUCAUGUCAGGGAAUACAAUUUCUUGUGUGUGUUGUGUGAUGAAUGGGUAAGAAUGAUUGCAGUGUAACUGUUCAGGGAUAAUAUUUUGUACAUAGAUUGACAUGCUUGCAGUUGCUAUACUUGUUGUUGUUGUUAUUAUUAAUAUUAUUAUUAUUAACUGCCUCCACUCCUAGCAUCAUCUUAUUUCCGCUAAACACUGGCUAUUGUGAAGAUCCGCUGUCUUUGUAAACUUGACACCAUUUUGUAAUUCACCUUCUCAUCAAGAGCCUCAAUAAAGAAUUGAGGUGA